CACAAGGGUCCGAAAGAGCAUUCUGUUAGGAAGUGUGUCGGAGACGGUUUUUUUCCCUCGCACCAAACACACUACCCCUCUCUCACUCAUCGCCACUAUAUAAACCCUUCUUCCACCUUUCUCUCUCUCUCAAGAAGCUCAGAACCAGACGACGACGUCAGCAUAAUCUUGCAUCGAGGAGAGAAAAAAAAAAUGCAUAACAAGGAAGCUUGCUCUCCCUCCUCCAAUGGCGGAUUUGGCGCCAACACCGCCACAGGCUGUACUCAAAUUCAGUCCAAUGGCGGUGCAUUGGCUUCGUUCUACUCUGCUCUCUUGAACGACAAUCCGUCGCUCUCGGCGAAUAGCAGCAGCUCGCUUUACCCGUACUCUGAGUCGGGAACUCAGAUCAACUCGUACGACUCUUGCGUCAUACAGAAGCACCAGGACAUGGUGAAUCGUCACAGCAUGUGCCUCAAUCGCCUCGUGGAGACUUCCAAGGAGGUAGAAUCUCUGCGACAAGAGAACGCACAUCUCCGUGCGGUGAACAAGGAGCUCCAGAAGCAGCUCAACUUCGUCAUCCAGGCUUCGCUGGAGAACCAAUUCGGUGGCGGCUCCUCCUGCCAGGGUCAAACGACGCCGUUCGACGUGGUGCAUGGAUUCCGCGGGUUUCAGAUUGGGGAAGGAAAAGAGAAUUGCGGUGAUUGGAAUAGUAACAACACCAACAAUAAUAGCAAUAACAAUAAGGAGCAGGAAGUUUCGGACGAGAGUCCAACGAGCGUGAUUGAGAACAACGGCGUUGAGGUUGAGAGGUUCUCUCUCCCAAAGAGCAUAUCUGUGAGGUCCAAUGGUUACCUGAAGAUGGCUCAGUCUGCUGCUGCAGCUACUGCCACCAACACCACUACCUGUCGCACUAAGCCUACUACUCGCCCACGCGUCUCCUCCACUCCACCUGAUGCCGUUCAAAAGGUAUAUGUGCGUGGAGGGAAGACAGAGGAAGAGCCUCUUGAGAUGGUGGUUUAUAACCAAGGGAUGUUCAAGACUGAGCUGUGCAAUAAAUGGCAGGAAACAGGGACGUGCCCAUAUGGAGACCACUGCCAAUUUGCUCAUGGCAUAGGGGAGCUUCGCCCAGUGAUCCGCCACCCCCGCUACAAAACUGAGGUCUGCAGGAUGGUCCUUGCUGGUGUUGUAUGUCCAUAUGGCCAUAGAUGCCAUUUCCGCCACGCACUCACUGAACAAGAGAAAGCUAUAUCACAUCCUAAGUCCAGAACAAUCAAGCUCGAAAGAUAGAUAAGAUACCUGCUAAGUCCCACGGAGAGAAUGGACAUGUUCAUAUCACUCAACGAAUUGAAGACCAUACAUAAUAAUUUUCUUCUUUGUGUAAUUACAGACAUAGACAAGCAUUAUAGGGAAAAAAAAAAGUGUAAUAAUAACUUUCCUAAUGAAUAGCAAAGGAAAGCAAGGGGGAAAAACAAAGAAAAAGAAAAAGAGAGGUUCGCAUCAAGGUGAGAUCUAUAGCAGGAUUCUUGAGGCGAAUAUGAUUGGUCGUCAUUCUUUUUUCUUUUGAAUCUGGACUCUUUUUU